UACCUAACCUCACAUUAUAAAAAGCGUUCAUUGCCGCUGUACAAACGUUUUGAGCAGAAUUCCAAAUAACACUUAUUUCUUGAAAUUUUUUCAUAACUAAUCAACCAAAAUGUCUAUUGGGGUACCACUUAAAGUUCUUCACGAAGCUGAAGGCCAUAUAGUCACCUGCGAAACAAUUACUGGAGAAGUGUACAGAGGCAAGCUUAUCGAAGCCGAGGACAACAUGAACUGCCAAAUGUCCCAAAUUUCUGUUACAUACAGGGAUGGUAGAGUUUCCCAAUUGGAAAAUGUGUAUAUCAGAGGAUCUAAGAUAAGGUUUCUCAUUCUGCCGGAUAUGUUGAAAAAUGCCCCGAUGUUUAAGAAACAAACCAAAGCGGGCACUGCUGGGAGGGGUAAGAGUGCCAUACUUCGAGCACAAGCUGCUAGAGGGAGAGGACGAGGAAUACAGCCGCCUACAAGAGGUGGGAGAGGUAGUUGGCAACCACAACAGGGUAAUAUGGGUAGAGGUAGAUAGUCAUAAGGUUUGCUUUGUAAUCAUUUCAUUAUUUUAAUUUUAUAUCUAAGAUUUCUGAGUGGAAUUUUUUUUUGUGAUGUAUUUCGACCAUAUGUUAUUGAAUAAACAAAAAGAAUUUUC